AUGCUUGCAAAGAGGUUGCUGCAGAAAAUCAAGUGCAGAUGGUGGAUUAAAAUAAUCUCUGAUAGGUGAUGUAACUUAGUCGUUGUAUAUUAAAUCACGCAAAUAUAAAAUUUAUAAAACUAGAAAAUAUGAAUUUUUGGAUAUUUAGAAGUAUUUCUGAACAAAUAUAUCAAUUAUAAUUCAAUAAAACUUUCAAAAAUAGCAGUAAUUUUCCAGUUGAUCACAGGGAUGUAAUAUAAUAUCUGGUAAUUAUUCAGAAUUUUCCUUAGAGAAUACUAUUUUAUAUGAGUUUUACACUAAGAAAUGACAAGGAAAUAUAUUUGAAAUUCACGAAAAAAGGAAAUAAGGGUGCGGGCGUCAGGAUGACGUCAGCGCCCAACGAACGCGAAUUGGGCGGAAACAAAGUUCUGCCCGGUGAUUCUUACGUAAGCGAUUACAGACGAUUUAAUUGAUCAAAUUAAGAUCUGUAAAAGACGAAAGAAUCGUAAUGAAAUGAAAUAUAUGUUGGUAAAUUCAAAAUCAAAAAAUUAUCACUAAAUGAAACGGAAAUUAAGUUGAAAGCAGAAAAAUAGAGUUCCGGCGUCGCGACGGCGAUGCGUUGGCGAUGCACCAGAAUCCUGAGCGUUCGGGAGGAUCGUCAUGUAGUGUCUACGGCCUCGAAGGCUCUCCUUGGACAAAGACGACGUGGGCAAUCUCUAGAUCUUCUUGCAAAGUCUAGAGAUUAAUGAAAUGGGUCAUCGAGUCGUCUCUGGCGGCUGUCACCCGGCGGAGCGGAAAAAUAGUGACUUUGCAGCUCUCCGACAGUUGUCACCCGACGAAAAGGAGCUGGAUGGAGGUGGGGCGCGUGUCAGGGAGCUUCAUCCUCAGGUCUGCGCAGUAAGAGGAGACUCUUCAUCGCAUCUGGUACGCUCUCAGGAGGUGGCGACUCGUCUCCUAACAGAUCGUCCUCUUCCCGACGACGACUUGUUCAUCGAUCAAUCGGAGAUGAUUUACUCAAUGGAUUCACGAUCCUUUUAUCGUGAAUCGUUCAGCAAUUUUAGUAGCAAUGCUCCGCGAAUCGCGUUGACGAGAUUUUUGCCGAUGACCCAGUGAUUCUCGUUGCUUAAUCCUUCACCGGCGAUCUGUAGGAAAGUCGUGAUAAUUAGAUAAAAAUAUAUGAAUUUUGACUCUAGGAGGAUUCAAACCCGCGCCGGUUGUCCGCCCCUUUUGAGGAAGGUGUGACGCGGGUUUAGUCCCACAUCGGUUGUGCACCGAUUUUUCGGGCGAAUAUAUAGUAAUGUUAGCUUUCUAAGCAAAGUUCCUUCUCUCGCGUGUACGACCACUCCUUGCCGCACAGUCGGCUGGCCACCGGUGACGUGGAAGGGGAGUGGCACACACGUGCCCCAUCGGUUGAAGCCGCUCGAGCCCCUGCUCGCGGCUACUCCCCGACUGAGCUUCCGACCCGCUUGCGGGCCCGGCUGGCCGGCGGGUCUCCCCCUCAUUUUGUCUUAUUUUUAUUUCUUUUUCUUCAUCUAUCUCAAAAGUAAGACUGUAAAAAUCAUAUAAAUUCGUAUAAAAUCACAUAAUUACCCAAAAAAUCACAUUAAUCAACUAAAAACCACUUUUCACACUUUAACACAAAUAUAAGUCUAUUUAUCAUGAGUUAAGGCUAAAACUAUAUUAUUUACUAAUUAUUAACUCAUGAUAAGGCAGACUUAUCAAUAGGUCUAGGUUUUUCUUUAUUUUCCUCCAUUUUUCGUGAAUUAAGUAAAUUAGGAGGUGAUUUAACUCUAGAUAUAGGUAGUUCUGCUAAUUUGGGUUUUAAUGAUCUCCUUCCUAGCAUGCAAUAUUAAUUCACAUUUUUUAUUUUUAGUUUUUUCAUAGAAAUGAGAUAUGAAAAGAAAGAGUAGAAAAUAGAAAAACAAAUUCCUAUAGAGAAUUAAAGAUUUCGAAAUUACCUUCCCUGGCAAUGGCACAAAAAAUUGAUGUGGUUCUAAGUCCUUAUUAGAAUCAUCAAUCAAUUUUAAUAAUUUAUAGAACUAGAUUCACCAAAUAUAAUAAUAAUAAUUUUAAAUGGAUAUAGUGGUGAGCUAGGUUAUCUCCUUAGGGAAGGGUUUUAAAAAUAUUUUAUUCUCUAAUUUAAAGAAUGACGAAGUUGAUUAGAAGAUUUAAAUUGAUAUUCAAAGCAAUAUAAGAAAUAAAAUGCCAAAUAAAUGUAAAUACGAAUUUAAAAAUUAAAUGAAUCAAAAGUAGUAAACGAAAAAUUGUCUUUGGAGUGAUAAAAAUAGAAGAGAAAAAAUUAAAGAAAUGAUUAGGCCUAAGAAAAUAAAAUUAUUUCACAGAUCAAAAAAGAAAAUAAUAAAAACUCUAUUAAAAAUCAAACUUACAACCCUUAGAAUGCAUGGCUUGAUGUCGACCUCUAGGUAGUGCUUCUCAAUCUUACAUCUAGUACAACAGAAUGGAUUUAAGGUGAAAAGGGUAGAGGGGAACAAUCCAAAUCAAUGAUGCACUCUUCAGAUUUCUAUUUUUGUAUGAGAAAGAAGAACAAUGUUUUCGCUCAAGAACAACCCAAGAAUAACUCCGAAAGGAGGACUGACGUGACUUAGUCAUUGUAUAUUAAAUCACGCAAAUAUAAAAUUUAUAAAACUAGAAAAUACGAAUUUUCAGAUAUUUAGAAGUAUUUCUGAAUAAAUAUAUCAAUUAUAAUUCAAUAAAACAUCCAAAAAUAGCAGUAAUUUUCCAGGUCGAUCGCAGGGAUGUAAUCUAAUAUCUGGUAAUUAUUCAGAAUUUUGCCUCAGAGAAUACUAUUUUAUAUGAAUUUUAUACUAAUAAAUAAAAAGGAAAUAUAUUUAAAAUUCACGAAAAAAGGAAAUAAGGGUGCAGAUGUCAGGAUGACGUCAGCGCCCAGCAAACGCAAAUCGGGCGGUAAUAGAGUUCUACCUGACAAUUCUUACGUAAGCGAUUACAGACGAUUUAAUUAAUCAAAUUAAGAUCUGUAAAAGCCGGAAGAAUCAUAAUAGAACAAAGUCUAUUUUGGUAAAUUAAAAUCACAAAAAUUAUCACUAAAUGAAGCGUAAAUUAAGUUGAAAGCAGGGAAACAGAGUUCCGGUGUCGCGAUGGCGAUGCGUCGGCGAUGCACCAGAAUCCUGAGCAUUCAAGAGGAUCAUCGUGCAGUGUCCACGGCCUCAAAGGCUCUCCUUGCACAAAGAUGACGUGGGCAAUCUCUAGAUCUUCUCGCGAAGUCUUGAGAUUAAUGAAAUGGGUCGUUGAGUCGUCUCCGACGGCUGUCACUCGACGAAAAGGAGCUGGAUGAAGGUGGGCCGCAUGUCAGGGGGCUUCAUCCUCAGGUCCACGCAGCAAGAGGAGACUCUUCAUCGCAUCUGGUACGCUCUCAGGAGGUGGCGACUCGUCUCCUAGCAAAUCGUCCUCUUCCCGACGACGACUUGUUCGUCGAUCAAUCGGAGAUGAUUUACUCGAUGGAUUUGCGAUCCUUUUAUCGCGAAUCGUUCAGCAAUUUUAGUAGCAAUGCUCCGCGAAUCGCGUUGACGAGAUUUUUGCCGAUGAUCCAGUGAUUCUCGUUGCUUAAUCCUUCACCGGCGAUCUGUAGGAAAGUCGUGAUAAUUAGAUAAAAAUAUAUGAAUUUUGACUCUGGGAGGAUUCAAACCCACGCCGGUUGUCCGCCCCUUUUGAGGAAGGUGUGACGCGGGUUUAGUCCCACAUCGGUUGUGCACCGAUUUUUCGGGCGAAUAUAUAGUAAUGUUACCUUUUUAAGCAAAGUCCCUUCUCUUGCGUGUACGACCACUCCUUGCCCCACAGCCGGCUGGCCACUGGUGACGUGGAAGGGGAGUGGCGCACACGUGCCCCAUCGGUUGAAGCCGCUCGAGCCCCUGCUCGCGGCUACUCCCCGACUAAGCUUCCGACCCGCUUGCGGGCCCGGCUGGCCGGCGGGUCUCCCCCAUUUUGUAAUAUUUUAGUUUUAUUUCUUUUUCUUCAUUUAUCUCAAAAGUAAGAUUGUAAAAAUCAUAUAAAUUCGUAUAAAAUCACAUAAUUACCCAAAAAAUCACAUUAAUCAACUGAAAACCACUUUUCACACUUUAACACAAAUAUAAGUCUAUUUAUCACGAGUUAAGGCUAAAACUAUAUUAUUUACUAAUUAUUAACUCAUGAUAAUGAAGACUUAUCACACCCCCCAACUUAAAUCAUUGCUAGUCCCUUAGCAAUAGAAUUACAAAAAUAAAAAUUUACAAAUCUCAAACAUCAUAUUUCAAUACAAAAAAAAUAAAAAUACAAUUAGAAAUGAUGCACCUUUAGACACUUUGGACUCUUAUAUCAAGUCUUUAAGAAUGAUGUCAAGCACUUAAAUGUUUAAGCACUCCUUGGAAUAACAAUCUAGACUCCACUUCUUCUAUUGACAUCUUUAUCACUUCUUCACUCAUAGACAUAUUUACAAGAUGUUCCAAUUAUCAAUAAUCAUCCAAGAAUAAUAUUGAUCCUAGAUUUUCCUUUUUCCAUGGCUUGAUUUUUGAAGUUUGCACUAUAUUUCUUCCUUCUUUUAUAGUGGAUAAGUAGCUUUUCCUAUAGACAAAUUUCGACAAUGAGAAUGAUGUCUCACACCCUCCAUGUGUACUCUUAAUUUUCAGGGCUUUCACUUUAUCGACUUAUUUUGCAGCAAGCAUUUUUCUAUACACGAUUUUCGACAAUGAGAAUGAUGUCUCACACCCUCCAUGUGUACUCUUCAUUUCUAGAUUUUUCACAUUGCUCUCUCUCUUUUUUUUUCCAAAAUAAGUGAUUUCUCCUCACAAGUCCUAUAGAUCAGGGUGCAAAAAUCUCCAUUAAACUCAAAUGAUCAAUCAAAUUUUCACAUCAAGUAAAUAUUAUCUAUCAAGAUCAUGAAGUGAAAAUCUGUAAAAUCAAAUCCAUGUUAUCUAUCAUGUAUCCAAGGAGUAUUCCAACAUUUCAUGCUACUAGAUCAUUCUUUUGACUCAAUAAUAAUCUUCCUAGUAUCUUUUGGUAUCAAUCAAUCUAGUUGAUUUAAUUUUUCAUGCAUUCAAUAUGAUGUAAGAAAUUUGUAAAUUAGAUAGUUCUGACAGUUCUGUUUUCUGUUUUCAGUUCUAUUUUUAGCAGUAAUAAAUUUGUCAAAAAUAAAUCAAAACUUUCUUCUUUAUAGCUGUAAUUUCGAAUUUCAGUAAUAUAUGUCUAGGGGAUUGAAAUGUGAGAAAAGGGUCUCUAUAAUUUCAAAUUUUGGGUUGUUUUUUCAUCUGCUGUUUUUGAUAGUCUGUUGUUCCUGACAGAAGACCAGAAAAUAGAUGUUGCAAUUUUUCCGAAUUUUAUUUUAUUUUUUAUUUUUUUAGUUGUUGUUCUAAGUUGAAUAAAAUGCAAACACAUGUUCUUAAUCGUCUUAUAGCAUAAAUUAAUAAUGAAUACUUCACCCCCCAACUUAAAAAUGACAUUGUCCUCAAUGACACAGAAAAAUCGAAAUAGAAUAUGUAGAAAAUAUAAUUUUCACGUGAAGCAUGCAUAUAUGCAAAGUUAGGCAUUAAAAAUGUUGUCAUAAAUGAUAAAGCUCCGAAAGACAUCACCUCAACCUCAUUUUUAAUUUUCCACUUCGUCUUACACUCCUCCUCCUGCACUUUUUCGAAAAAACAAAUACAGAAACAAGUACUACGAAAUUCUAAGAAAAAUAGAGGUUAAAAAAAAAUAAAAAUAAAAUAAAAAUCAAACAGAAUGAAUAAAAACCAUGGGUUGCCUCCCAUGCAGUGCUGAAUUUAAUGUCUUCAGCUGGACAGCUCUUAGAUCAUAUAAGAUGAUCUAUGGCCAUCAAAAUAUAUUUGUAUCCCAAGGUAAGUUUCAUGAUAUUCUUUUUCAGAUUUAGCAUAAAUUCAUAUACUUCAUAUAUAUACCUUGACAUACUUUCAGCCAAAAAAAAAUGCAAAUUAACAAAAUCUUCCCAAAAAUAAUAUUUCCAUUUUGAAAAGAAUCUUUCCUCAUUUCUAUCUUGUUUUGUAAGACUCUCAUUCAUUAAUAAAUACUUUCUAUUAAUAGACCAUAAAAUGUGAUCAGGCCAUAUAAUUUUCAAAUUAGCUCUUACCCAAUCUAGAAUUUUUUCAUCUAAAUUGAUAUCUCUAAUUCUUCCACUCACCCAUUUCUUAAUGUGUUCUUUUAUCUUCAUAAUCUUACCCUGCUCUGUUUUAUCUUUCAUACAUAUUUGUUCAAUUUGUGAGGAGUGAAAUAUUUCAAGCUUAGAAAUAAUUCUAAUAGGCUAUGGGUUUUGAAGGAUGGAAGGAUUGUCUUCUUUAAUCUCAGAUCUAAUGAAUUCAGUAAAAUUCAAAUUUUCUCCUCCAAAAUUAUCUCGAUAUUCAUAUUCAUUAUUUUUGUUUCUCUCCAUUAGUUGAAUCAACUCUUUUUCUAUCUUUUCGUUUCUCAACUCAUCAAAUUCUUCAUCUUUUCAAGAGCUAUCUUUUAAUUUCGAUAUAUGAUAUACAUCAUCAUCCUCACUAUCAACAUCCAUGGCUGCAAAAUUAUGAUUAGGUUUAUUAAUUUUGUCUCCUACAUCUCCCAAAUCAACUGAUUUUUCCUCACCUGAAAUAUGUUUUUCUUCAUUUGUGUCCUUACUCCCUUCUACUAAAAUUUGGAUGAUUUUUCCAUGAUCAGCUGUUGUUUCUUCAUCUAAGGGCUCUUUCUCCUCAUCAUCCUCAUUAUAUUCAUUCAUCAAUUGUGAGCAAUAAAUGAUUUUAUUCAAAUUUUCUGCUACUAUAUUUUCGGCCUUAAUAUUCUCAUUCACUUCUAAUGGCUCAUCAAUUUCUUCUAAUAAUUGGAAAUAAGGAUCAAGUAAAAUAUUCUCAAUCAAUGUAUUCACUGUCCUAACAUUUUCAUUUCGUGGGUUUUUUUCUAAAUUUAUCCAGCUAGACUCUCUUUGCUGAAAUCCUACUGUUGGAUAGUUUCUUGAAUUUUCUAUGGGCUGACUAGGUGGCUGUCCCUCUUCUCUCUUAUUCCCAAGAGCCUCUAUAAUUUGUUUCUGGUGCAGCAUCAUUUGAUUUAUAGUUUGUUGCAUCAUUUGGCUCAUUUGCUGCAUCAUUUCCAUAGCAUCAGGUUGGAUUUGAGAGGACUGAUUUUUCUGAAAUCUAUGUUCCUGUUUUGGACGAAAUUCAAAAUGUGAAUUGGAUCUAAGUGCUUCUGGAUUUUGAAUAUUAUUUGGGUUUCUUCACGAAAAAUUAUUCCCCCAAUUAGGAUUAUAAGAGUUAGAAAAAUAUUCCCUAUUAUUACUAAAAUCGUGGGGUACCUACACUUGUUCUUGCCUAUGAUGAUUUUGAAAUUCGAAAUGAUCAUUUUCACCAUACAUAAGACAUGUACUAUUUGAAUUAAAUUGAGGGUUAAGAGGCUUUCUAAUAUUGUCAAUAAGUAAAUCAAGUUUUUCUAAUCUUUGAUUAAUCUGAUUAACCUCAUUUCUAAAUUUAGAAUCAUCAUCAUGAUGCAAUUCAUAAAUUCCUCUAUUCUUAUCCUUAUCAUAUAAUUCAAAAGAGGCUUGAUCUCUAGAAUUUUCACUUAAAUUCUCAUAAAGACUGUAAAUCUCAUCAAGGGUUUUCUCCAUAAAAGCUCCUCCACAUAUAGAAUCAACCAUAUUUCUAUGUUGUUCUAAUAAUCCAUCAUAAAAAAUUCUAUUGAGCUGCCACUUGGGUAUAGCAUAAUGAGGACACUUUCUAAGUAAAUCUUUGAAUGUUUCCCAUGUCUCAUGUAAAAUUUCUCCUGGUCUUUGAGAAAAACUCCAUAUAUGUUUUCUCAUAUUUUGAGUUUUUCCUAAGGGAUAAAAUUUUCAAAGAAAGGCCUGUUCUAUAUCUUUCGAGCUAGUUAAUUCUCUAUCUAACGUGGAUAGCCAAUGGCUAGCUUUGUCCCAUAGUGUAUGAGAAAAUAAUUUCAUCUUAAUAAUUUCCGGUGUAACUUGAGGGAGAUUAACUAAAUCACAGACCAUAUGAAAUUUUUCUAAGUGCUGAUGAGGUUCCUCUAAAGGCAAUCCAUGAAAAUUAGAGAGCAUUUGAAAAAUUCUUAGAUUUAUUUUGAAUUUAACAUUGGGUGCUAAUGGGACUCUAAUAUUGGAUGCUCGUUGAAAUGAAUCAGGGAUAUAAUAAUUUUUCAUGGCCAUAGGAUUGUUCUCAGUUUGACCUGUACUUCCUUCAGGAUCCAUCCAAAAUUAAUUUUUCUUUCAGAUUUUUAGUUUUGAAUGAAAUAAUGAAAGGAGUUUCUAGCCUUGGAUGCAAGGAUCUUCUACCAUGCAUAAAAAUCAAUAAAUUCGAUGGAAAAAUUUAGUAAUUUUUACCCUCCUUCAGGAUGCUCCAGUCCUUGCCUUGCUUCUUUUCGUUCCCUUUUUCUAAACAAAAUCGGCAAAAAGAAAAUAAAACAAGAGUUAAUUUUUUUUUGUGUACUCUAAGAGAAAAAUAGAAAAAUACUUAAUAUUAUGCAAUACAUCCCCGACAACGGCGCCAAAAUUUGACGUGACUUAGUCGUUGUAUAUUAAAUCACACAAAUAUAAAAUUAAUAAAACUAGAAAAUACGAAUUUUUGGAUAUUUAGAAGUAUUUCUGAACAAAUAUAUCAAUUAUAAUUCAAUCAAACUUCCAAAAAAAGCAGUAAUUUUCCAGGUCGAUCACAAGGAUGUAAUAUAAUAUCUGGUAAUUAUUCAGAAUUUUCCUGAGAGAAUACUAUUUUAUAUGAAUUUUAUACUAAUAAAUGAAAAGGCAAUAUAUUUAAAAUUCACGAAAAAAAGAAAUAAGGGUGCGGAUGUCAGGAUGACGUCAGCGCCCGGCGAACGCGAAUCGGGUGGAAACAGAGUUCCGCCCGGCGAUUCUUACGUUAGAGAUUACAGACGAUUUAAUUAAUCAAAUUAAGAUCUAUAAAAGUCGGAAGAAUCGUAAUAGAACAAAGUAUAUUUUGGUAAAUUAAAAUCACAAAAACUAUCACUAAAUGAAGCAUAAAUUAAGUUGAAAGCAGGAAAACAGAGUUCCGGCGUCACGACGGCGAUGCGUCGGCGAUGCACCGGAAUCCUGAGCAUUCGGGAGGAUCGUCGUGCAGUGUCCACGGCCUCAAAGGCUCUCAUUGGACAAAGACGACGUGGGCAAUCUCUAGAUCUUCUCGCGAAGUCUAGAGAUUAAUGAAAUGGGUCGUCGAGUCGUCUUCGGCGGCUGUCACCCAGCGAAGCAGAAAAACGGCGACUUUGCGGCUCUCUGGCGGCUGUCACCCGAUGAAGAGGGGCUGGAUGGAGGUGGGGCACAUGUCAAGGAGCUUCAUCCUCAGGUCCGUGCAGCAAGAGGAGGCUCUUCAUCGCAUCUGGUACACUCUCAGGAGGUGGCGACUCGUCUCCCAGCGGAUCGUCCUCUUCCCGACGACGGCUUGUUCGUUGAUCAAUCGGAGAUGAUUUACUCGAUGGAUUCGCGAUCUUUUUAUCGCAAAUCGUUCAGCAAUUUUAGUAGCAAUGCUCCACGAAUCGCGUUGAUGAGAUUUUCGCCAAUGAUCCAGCGAUUCUCGUUGCUUAAUCCUUCACCGACGAUCUAUAGGAAAGUCGCGAUAAUCAGAUAAAAAUAUAUGAAUUUUGACUCUAGGAGGAUUCAAACCCGUGCCGAUUGUCUGCCCCUUUUGAGGAAGGUGUGAUGCGGGUUUAGUCCCACAUCAGUUGUGCGCCGAUUUUUCGAGCGAAUAUAUAGUAAUGUUAGCUUCUAAGCAAAGUUCCUUCUCUCGCGUGUACGACCACUCCUUGCCCCACAGCCGGCUGGCCACCAGUGACGUGGAAGGGGAGCGGCGCACGCGUGCCCCUAUCAGUCCAAGUCGCUCGAGCCCCUGCUCGCGGCUACACCCCGACUGAGCUUUCGACCCACUUGCGGGCCCGGCUGGCCGGCGGGUCUCCCCCCCAUUUUGCAAUAUUUUAGUUUUAUUUCUUUUUCUUCAUUUAUCUCAAAAGUAAGACUGUAAAAAUUAUAUAAAUUCGUAUAAAAUCACAUAAUUACCCAAAAAAUCACAUUAAUCAACUGAAAACCACUUUUCACACUUUAACACAAAUAUAAGUCUAUUUAUCACGAGUUAAGGCUAAAACUAUAUUAUUUACUAAUUAUUAACUCAUGAUAAUGAAGACUUAUCAAGGACCCUCUUUCUCUCCCCUCUUCCUCUUUUUGUCCCCAAAAUCCACAUAUCACAUUUUUUGUUUUGACUUCUAAUUUUCUGCUGUUUUUUGCUGAUUUUUCUCUGAUUUUUUCUUCUCACGCGGUAGUAAUGAAUAUUAUCUAUUUACGAGAUGAUAAUUAAUAUUUAAAUAUAUACCCUUCCAUGUGUGUGAGAGAAUAAUCAAUAUUGUCUAUUUUACCAGAUAAUAAUUGAUAUUUAUAAAUAUAUCCUCUGAUGCAUGAAUUGAUGAAGAUGGUUGGAUCCUCGCACCGUCAUUUUGCUUUGAGGGGUGAUGUGGCCCAAUAAUCAUAGUUAGAUCUCCAUUGGCUCUCGCUUCUUUUGUGCAUGCUUUAUCAGAAUCUGUGUGAGUCGGAUGUGAGGAUAGCCACCAUUAGAUUGACAGCUACUUUUAGCGGUUGCCAUUGGAUCCUAGAGCUACUUUUUGUUAUGAUGGCAGCAGUGACGUAGCUUCAUGUGGUGCGUCAGAUCUGACCACUACUAUCGCACUACUAUUAGAUCUGAAAAGAAUAACAAGAUACAUUUAGUAAAUUUAUGCGAGUGUUAGCAUAUGUAAUAAUGACCACCUCUGAUUAUAUUUAUUUUAAUGCCUAAAAUUUUCAGAAAAAAUGCAUAAAAUAUAUUUCAAUUAAUCAUAAAAAUUUAACACAAUAAAAUUUUAUUUAAAAUAAAAUAAAUGAGAAUUAAGUCUCAAGAUAUGAAAUAAAUAUUUAUUAAUUUUCUUUUUUUUCAUAAAAUAUCAAUUUAAAUUAAGAUUUAGAGGUUCAUUUAAAUAAUAAAUAAAAUAACUAACAUGAUAACUUGUGAAAUAGUUCUCAAAUAUGCAUUAUUCUACCUGAUUUGAUAAUAGAUUAGCAUAUAGUUUUCACAAGUUAUCACCAACUGAAGACAUUAAAUUCAGUGCUGCAUGGGAGGCAACCCAUAGUUUUUAUUUAAUUUUUAUUUUAAGUUCUAUUUUCUUAGAAUUUCGUAGUAUUUGUUUCUACAUUUAUUUUUUUUCUCAAAAAAGUCUAGGAGGAGAAGUGUAAGAUAAAGUGAAAAAUUAAAAAUGAGCUUAAGGUGAUGUCUUUUUGAGCUUUAUUAUUUAUGACCAUAUUUUUACUGCUUAACUUGACAUAUAUGCAUGCUUCACUUGUAAAUUAUAUUUUUUGCAUAUUCCUUUCUGAUUUUUCUAUGUCAUUCAGGACAACGUCAUUUUUAAGUUGGGGGGUGAUAAGUCUUCAUUAUCAUGAGUUAAUAAUUAGUAAAUAAUAUAGUUUUAAUCUUAACUCAUGAUAGAUAAACUUAUAUUUGUGUUAAAGUUUGAAAAGUGGUUUUCAAUUGUUUAACGUGAAUUUUUGGGUAAUUAUGUGAUUUUAUAUGAAUUUAUAUGAUUUUUAUAGUCUAACUUUUGAGAUAAAUGAAGAAAAAGAAAUUAAAAUAAAAAAAAAAGACAAAAUGAGGGGACCCCGCCGGCCAGCCGAGCCUACAAGUAGGUCGAAAGUGCAGUCGGGAAGUUGUCGCGAGCAGGGGCUCGAGCGACUUGAACCGAUGGGGGAACGUGUACGCCACUCCCCUUCCACGUCACUGGUGGCUAGCCGGCUGUGGGCAAGGAGUGGUUGUACGCGUGCGAGAAAGGGACUUGACAAGAAAUGUAAUAUUACUAUAUAUUCACCAGACACUUUGUCACACAAGUGAUGUGGGACUAAACCCGCGUCACCUUCCCUAGAAAGGACGGGCAACCGGCGCGGGUUCAAAUCCUCUCAGAGUCAAAAUUCAUAUUUUUUAUCUAAUUAUCGUGACUUUCUUGCAGAUCACUAGUGAAGGAUUAAGCAACCAGAAUCGCUGGAUCAUCGGCGAAAAUCUCAUCAACGCAAUUCGCGGAGCAUUGUUACUAAAAUUGCUUAAUGAUUCGCGAUAAAAGGAUCGUGAAUCCAUCAAGUAAAGCAUCUCCAAUUGAUCGAUGAACAAGCUGUCGUCAAAAAAAGGACGAUCUGCCGAGAGACGAGUCGCCACCUCUUGAGAGCGUACUAGAUGCGAUGAAGAGCCUCCUCUUGCUACGCAGACCUGAGGAUGAAGCUCCCUGACAUGCGCCCCACCUCCAUCUAGCUCCUCUCCGUCGGGUGACAGUCGCCAGAGAGUCGCAAAGUCGCCGUUUUUUCGCUCCACCGGGUGACAGCCACCGAAGACAAUUCGACGACCCAUUUCAUUGAUCUCUAGACUUCACAAGGAGAUCUAGAGAUUGCCCACAUCGUCCUUGUCCAAGGAAAGCCUUCGAGGCUGUGGACACUACACGACUAUCCUCCCGAACGCUCAGGAUUCUGGUACAUCGUCGAUGCAUCGCCGCCGCGAUGCUGGAACUCUGUUUUCCUGCUUUCAACUUACUUUCUAUUUCAUUUAGUGAUAAUUUGUUGAUUUUAAAUUUACCAAAAUAUACUUCAUUUCAUUACGAUUCUUCCGACUUUUACAGAUCUUAAUUUGAUCAAUUAAAUCGUCUGUAAUCGCUUAUGCAAGAAUCGCCGUGCAGAACUCUGUUUCUGCCCGAUUCACGUUCGCCGGGCGCUGACGUCAUCCUGACAUCCGCACCCUUAUUUCCCUUUUUUGUAAAUUUUAAAUAUACCUCCUUUUCAUUUACUAGUAUAAAAUUCAUAGAAAAUAGUAUUCUUUGAGGACAAUUCUGAAUAAUUACCAGAUAUUAUAUUACAUCCUUAUGUUCGACUUGGAAAAUUAUUGCUAUUUUUGGAAGUUUUAUUGAAUUAUAAUUGAUAUAUUUGUUCAGAAAUACUUCUAAAUAUUUAAAAAUUUAUAUUUUCUAGUUUUAUAAAUUUUAAAUUUGUGUGAUUUACUAUACAACGACUAAGUCACAUCAAGGGGUGAAGUAUUAAGUCUUAAUUUAUGUUGUAGAAUGAUUAAGAACAUGUGUUUGCAUUUGUUUUCAUGCUCACUUAGAAAGACAACUAAAACAAAAAUUCAAAAAAACUGCAGCAUCUAUUUUCUAGUUUUUUGUCAGAAAUAGUAGAAAAUAUUUUACAAACUGUCAAAAACAGCAGAUGAAAAAUAGUCAAAAAUUUAAAAUUCUAAAGACCUUUUUCUCACAUUUCAAUCCUCUAGACACAUAUUACUGAAAUUUGAAAUUACAGCUAUAAAGAGGAUAGUUUUGACUUAUUUUUGACAAAUUCUUUGUUGCUGAAAAUAGAAUUGAAAGUAAAAAGUAGAAUUAUUAGAACUAUCUAAUUUAUAAAAUUUUUACAUCAUAUUGUAUACACGAAAAAUUAAAUCAAUUAGAUAGAUUAAUACCAAAAGAUACUAGGAAGAUUAUUAUUGAGUUAAAAGAAUGAUUUAGUAGCAUGAAAUGUUAGAAUACUCCUUGCAUACAUGAUAGAUAUCAUGGAUUUGAUUUUACAGAUUUUCACUUCAUGAUUUUGAUGGAUAGUAUUUACUUGAUGUGAAAAUUUAAUUGAUCAUUUCAGUUUAAUAGAGAUUUUUACACUUUGAUCUAUAAGACUUGUGAGGAGAAAUCACUUAUUUCAGAAUUAAAAAAAAAAGUAAUAUGAAAAAUCUGAAAACAAAGAGUACACAGAGAGUGUGAGACAUCAUUCUCAUUGUCAAAAAUCGUGCAUAGAAAAAUACUUGCUGAAAAAUAAAUGGAUAAUAUAAAAGCCUUGAAAAUGAAAAGUACACAUGGAGGGUGUACUCUUCGUUUUGUCGAAAUUUAUCUAUAGGAAAAGCUAUUUAUCCACUAUAAAAAAGAAAAGAAAAAUAUAUUACAACCUUCAAAAAUCAUGUCAUGGAAAAGAAAAAUAUAAGAUCAAUAUUAUUCUUCGAUGAAUAUUGAUAAGUGAACAUCUUGUGAAUUAUAUCUAUGAGUGAAGAAGUGAAUAGAAGAAGUGAAGUCUAGAUUGUUAUUCUAAGGAGUGCUUAAACAUUUAAGUGCUUGACGUCAUUCUUAAUACUUGAUAUAACAGUCCAAAGUGUUUAGAGGUGCAUCAUUUCUAAUCAUAUUUUUUUUAUGUACUGAAAUAUGAUGUUUGAAAUUUGUGAAUUUUUAUUAAUUUUCUUAAUUCCAUUGCUAAAGGACUAGCAAUGAUUUAAGUUAAGGGGUGUGAUAAGUCUUCAUUAUCAUGAGUUAAUAAUUAAUAAAUAAUAUAAUUUUAGCCUUAACUCAUGAUAAAUAGACUUAUAUUUGUAUUAAAUUAUGAAAAGUGAUUUUAAGUUAGUUAAUUAUGUGAUAUUAUGUGAAUUUAUAUAAUUUUUAUAAUUCUAUUUUUGAGAUAAAUAAAGAAAACGAAAAUAAAGUAAAAAAAUAAAAAAAGGGGGCAACCUGUUGGCCAACUAGGCCCACAAGUUGGAAGUGCAGUCAAGGCAGAGUUGCGAGCAGGGGUUUGAAUGAUUAUGGAUCGAUGGGGGCAUGUGUGCGUCACUCUCCUUCUAUGUCACCUACGACUAGCCAAGCGUGGGGCAAGGAGUGCUCAUACACACAUGAAAAAGGGACUCUAAUGGCGAGCGGGACCCGUCUCCAUCAGCUCAGGAGACACCGUCAGUCCGAGUUCAGCCCGAUCGACGUGCGAAGACGAAGGAGCCUGGCUUUCGCUACACAGCCUAGCCCUUCGGGAUGACAACAUUCCACCUCCGUGACAACGACGAGCUUGAGCUCACCCUUAUCUUUCUUUGUAUUUUUCACGUUGACUUGUUGAGCCUCGUGUUUGUGUGUUAGCAGGCCCAAUUCUAUGUGUGUGUUGUUGUUUGUGUCUCCCUUUCUUUAGGGUUUUAUUGGGUCUCUCUUUUGAGGCCCAAUUAAAACCCUAAGGGGGGGGGGACCUAGGCUUCUUUCCUUUUUGGGCUUAUUUGGGUCUUCAUUUGAGGCCCACUUAAGCACCUACGAGGGCCCUCCUCUUUCUCCUUUUAGGGGAGCUUAUUGGGUCUCCCUUUUAGAGGCCCAAUAAGCCCCUUUUGUAGCCUUUUUGUGGCUUAUGGGCUUGAGGGCCUCAAGUGGGCCCACCUCCCCUUAGCCCACUUGUGGGCCCCAUAUAAGGGGAGGUAGGACCCCCCCCUCAAGAGAGCGCCGUAUUUUUGAGAGAGAUUAUCGUUUUGUGAGUACCUUCUCCGUGAUCUAGGAUAGGGAGGGAAGGAGGAAGAGGAAGGCCGUGGAUACCCCCUUCGAGGACUUCGUUCCUCGUGACGCUGCUGCCCGAGAAGUCCCGCCGCCGCCUGAGACCACUGCCGCCGCCGGCCAUCUCAUUGCCGCCCGGGAGUUCGCCGCCGUCACCGGACGAAACGGUCGCGGUUGCCGCUGCAGCCGCCGCCGCCUCUGCUGGAACCCCGUCACGCCGUCGUGACGAAAGGGGCUCGCUUCGCCUUCCUACGAGCCGUCGCCGAGCACUCCGCCGGAGUCUCUCGACUCCUGGUUCGACUGCCGCCUCUUCCUUCGGAGCUCCACCCCAAACUCGCCGGGGCCGCCCUCCGCCGCUCCGCCCAGUCGCUGGCCGUUCGCCGACGAACGCCAACCUGCCGCCGACGUCGGGAGAGACCCUGCAGCCGUGCCGACGAGCCAGAACCAGUCCAAGCUCCUCACAGGCCCCCGCCGGAGUUUCCCGACGCUCCGCCGCCGUCGCGCCGUUUCCGGCGCCGCUUAGACCAGGAGAGCUCAACCCUCCCUGGUAUCGUCGGCCGGAUCGUCUCUUCCUCUGCUCCGCUUCCCGGCGCCACCAGAGAGGGCCGAUCCUUCCGGCGACGGUUGGGUCUCCGCCCAACCGCCGACGCUCGGCAUUCCCGCCGAAGCACCGCUGAUGCUCGGCAUUCCUGCCGAAGCGCCGCUGACGCUCGGCCUUCCCGCCGAAGCGCCGCCGACGCUCAGCAUUCCCGCUGAAGCGCCGCUGACGCUCGGCAUUCCGGCCGAAGCGCCGCUGACGCUCGGCCUUCCCGCCGAAGCGCCGCCGACGAUCGGCAUUCCCGCCGAAGCGCCGCUGACGCUCGGCAUUCCUGCCGAAGCGCCGCAGACGCUCGGCCUUCCCACCGAAGCGCUGCCGCCGCGCGCGCCCCGCGCGCCCACCCGGCGCCACUGCCCACGUGCCCUAGGGCACGCCGCGUGGCUUGCCGCGCGCGCCCGCUAGCGUGCCCUUCGGCCCACCUGCGGGCCCACGCCCACGCCGACCGUGCCACGCCUUAAGACGACGACUUCCGCAACUCUCGACCAGGACCGACCGUCGACGCUGAGAAUCGCUCUUCACUGGAUGUCUCUACCUUCGUCGAAUCUCUGCUCCGUCACGACCCGCCGGGCUACGCAGCCCUGAAAGUUAGCUCCGUACCCCUUCCUCUUAAGUUUAAUUAUCUCUCGAAAGGUUUUCUCGGCUCGUCUCCACUGCCAUUGGGAGAAUGUAGACAAGAUAGGACGGUUAUCGGAUCGUGACUUUCAACGCUGCGCCAGAUUCGUCACCAUUCGUGAGCUGCAGCCCUAGGCUACCUCACGACCACUGUUCCGCCGUUUGUCCUGAUGUGGACCGAGAGUGCCUCACACUUACCAUCGUCAAGUGUUUCCCCGGGUUGUCCUAGGUUGAUCAUGCAUAUUGGUACGCCUGCCUGUACUUAGGUUAUGUGGUAAGACCUAGAGUCUAGGGUUCAAACAUUUUUAUCGGAUCUGUCCGACUACUUCAUCUCGGGUCUCGAGUUUUAUUGAUCAUGUAUAAGGGUUCUUAUCUCAUCUUGCAUCAGACUCAUUGAUUUUCAAAUCUCGCAUUACUAUAUAUGCGUCUCAACAUUCAGCUAUAAUUGAUGUGAAACUAAAUCGGCAGUCACCUUUCCUAGAAUGUUUUCAAAAAUUUUAAUAUCUAAAAUAUCUCUUAUUUAUAACAACGAGAUACCAUGAUGACAUCACUAUAUAAAGGUAUUUGAGUACUUAUUUCAUUCUCUCAUAUAGGUGGGUGAUCAAUGUAGGUUAAAAUCAUACCAGAGCAAAAAUUCAUAUUUUUAUUUGAUUAAAUCGCAGCUUUCUUAUAAAUCACUAGUGAAGAAUUAAGUUACCCAAAUCAAUUGCAAUCGACAAAAAUCUCGUCAACACAAUUUGUGAGUAUUGUUUCUAAAAUUGAUGAAUGAUUUAUGAUAAAAAGAUUACAAAUCUAUCGAGUAAAUCAUCUACGAUUGAUCGACGAACAAAUUGUCAUUGGGAAGAGGAUGAUCCAUCAGGAAACAAUACUACCUCUUGAGAGUGUACUAAAUGUGAUGAAGAGCCUCCUCUUGCUAUGCAGACCUGAAGAUCAAGCUCUCUAACACGCGCCCCACCUCCAUCUAGCUCCUUUCCAUUGGGUGACAAUUACUAGAGAGCUGUAAAGUCGUUGCUUUUCUGCUUCACUAGGUGAUAGCUGUCAAAGACGAUUUAACGACCUAUUUAAUUGACCUCUAGACUUCACAACAAGAUCUAGAGAUUGCCCACAUUGUCAUUGUCUAAGGAGAUCCCUUGUGACUAUAGACAGUGCAUGAUAAUCUUCCCGAAAGUUUAUGAUUCUGAUGCAUCAUCAACACAUUGUUGCCGCAAUGUCAAAACUUUGUCUUUCUUGCUUUCAAGUUAAUCUUCACUUCAUUUAGAGAUAAUUUGUGUGAUUUAAAAUUUUCAAACUACUCUUCGUUCAAUUAUGAUUCUUCUGGCUUUUAUAGAUCUUAAUUUGAUCAAUUAAAUCAUCUAUAAUCACUUAUGUAAGAAUCAUCAAGCAAAACUCUAUUUCUGUUCGAUUCACAUUCGUCAGGCGUUGAGGUCAUCUUGACACCCGCACCCCUUAUUUCCCUUUUUCAUGAAUUUUAAAUAUAUUUGAUUUUUAUUUCUUAGUCUAAAAUUUACAAAAAAUUGUAUUCUUUGUGAAAAAUUCUAAAAUAUUAGUCGAUAUUAUAUUACAUCUUUGUAAUUGACUUAAAUUUUUUUCACUAUUUUUGAAAAUUUUAUUGAAUUAUAAUUGAUAUAUUUAUUUAGAAAUACUUCUAAUAUCUUAAAAUUAGUAUUUUGUAGUUUUAUAAAUUUUAAAUUUACGUGAUUUACUAUACAAUAACUAAGUCACGUCAUCUCUUCUCCACGAUGAUCUUGAGCAUGAGAAUGUCAUUGACCAGGCCUUGAUUUUUUUUCUUUUUCCUUCGAUUAGCCACUACUAG